UUCAUCCUGCCUACUAAUAUCCAGGCAGCUGGAACUUGAGUCGUGCCUCACGUGUUGUGGGGUUUUCUGUCAUGUUUGGGAACUAAAGAGUGAGAUCUCACUGAAACGUUUUCGCUCUCUUGGAGGUCACUCACUUCAGUGGACGUGCUGUUCGCCACCCGGGUCCCUCCAGUCCCCCCACCAGAUCUGAACGAGUGGGCCGCCUGCUGCAUGCCUCGCCUCCCUGUGCCACAGCGCCUCUCUCAGCUCUGAAGUCGGGGCGUUAAUGGGAACUGGAUGGGAAGUGUGAGGUGAGAGAUGCUGGCUGCUUUCAGCACGCUGGUUAGCGCCCUGGGAAGUUGGAGAGGACGCGCGGACGCGCCGGGAUUUUAAGUGAAUUGAAUGUUUUGGGAUUCUUUCCGGAGACAUGAGCGGCGGCUGAUGGUGAUGGCUGGCUUUAGGUACUUGUUUGCAGCCAACAGGCGCAGGUAACCUAAGAAGAGGGGAUUAUUAUUAUUAUCAUUAUUAUUUUCAUUCCUCUGCUGUGGGGAGACAUGGACUUUGCUGACAUCCUCUUCGCUCUGUUCAUCGUCGUGGUCGCGGUCGUGUCCCUGCUGUCAAACUUGUUGGUGCUGCUAUGUUUCGUCCACAGCACCGAGAUCCGCCGGCAGGUGCCCGGCGUCUUCACCAUGAACUUGUCCUUCUGCAACAUCCUCAUUACGGUGCUCAACAUGCCGGCCACCCUGCUGGGGGUCGUCAGGAACCAGAAGCCCUUCGGGGACCGCGUCUGCCACACGGUGAGCUUCCUGGAGACCUUCCUGACUGCGAACACCAUGCUCAGCAUGGCCGCGCUCAGCAUCGACCGCUGGAUCGCGGUGGUCUUCCCGCUCAGCUACGCCACCAAGAUGCGCUACAAGGACGCGGUGAUCAUGGUGGGCUACUCCUGGCUGCACUCCUUCACCUUCUCCCUGACGGCGCUGCUCUUCUCCUGGGUGGACUACAGCGACGCGUACGCGUCCUGCACGCUGCAGCCCAGCGGGGGAGGCAGCGACAGAGUUAGGUUCACGGUUUUCACCGUGGUUUUCCACGCCACCAGCUUCGCGCUGUCGCUGCUCACCCUGUGCUUCACCUACCUGAAAGUGCUGAAAGUCGCCAGGUUCCACUGCAAGAGGAUCGACAUCAUCACCAUGCAGACUCUGUUCCUGCUGGUCGACAUCCAUCCGAGCGUCAAACAAAGGUGUUUGGCUGAGCAGAAGAGGCGAAAGCAGAGAGCCACAAAGAAGAUCAGCAUCUUCAUCGGCUCAUUUAUCAUCUGCUUUGCUCCUUAUGUAAUUACAAGGUUGGCCGAGCUUCUCCCCUUCGUAGACGUCAACCGACACUGGGGCAUCGUCAGUAAGUGCCUGACGUACAGCAAGGCUGCGUCCGACCCGUUUGCCUACUCGCUGCUGCGCCAGCAGUACAAAAAGGUCCUGGUUACAGUCGUCAACAAGCUGCUGCGCCGCGACCUUUACCCUUCAUCGGGACACAACAGCUCUUUGGACACGGAGAAUGACUACUGUCUUCAGCGGAUCAGCUAAUGGCAAAAACGUGACGGAUUUGGAUGUGACAGAUGCUCUCCAGCAGAGAGAGCCAGCCCCCAAAACAGGUUGGCUCAUGAGGAGGAGGUGGGCGGCCGGAGGAGACGGAGAUUUCAGGGGAUUGUCGGGGAGGACAGAUUGUGGGUGAAGAAGGAGCGAAAAAAAGAAAGGUAGUGGGUGGAGAGGAAUGGAAAGGCAGGGAUGAGUGGGAGGAUGGAUGGGUAGAGAUAUGAUGUAGGGGAGACAGGUGAGUUUCGGUAGGAUGGUUCUGGUAAACAGUUGGGUCGGUGAUUCAUCAGCCUCAAUAAAUGACACAGAAACCAAUCAAUUCCCCCCCUGAACGUCACAGAUUCAGGUUAUUUCAAACUGAAGAAGAAUCUGGAGUCAGUGACGUGCAAGAAGCAGCUUUUCAUUCCUGAAUCAACUAACCAUCUUAUUGUUUUCAUUACCCCGGACAAGUUCCCUGUCCUGGAAACCCCCAGAGAACCCGCUGGGACACGUAACGACUCGUCUGUGCUAGAAAGCUUCGCGUCGUCUUGUCGGUCUCUGAAUAUUGAUGCACUUUGUCCGAGGACAUUUCUUAAAACUUCUGUGCUUACAGGAGACAGAAGCUGUUUUGCAGGAUGAGCCUGGUGAUAGCUUAUAUUUUUGUUACUGUCAACAAGUUCCACAAGAAGGCAGAAAUAUGAAAGGUGUUAUUUUGUCUCAGUACCUUACAGUUUCCACACAGUCUGUCUAUUUUGGGCUGCAUCACAGUGGCUGAAGACCAACAGAGGGAACAAAAGGGGAGAAAUGUUUGACGAUAGGUUCGCACACUAGUCUACCUCUGGUUCCCUAAAAGCCCAAUAGUUUGUGUGUAAAAAAUGUAACUCAUUAUAUUUUCUGAUUUUUGUUUUUUGCUUUCUUAUUAAGGUCUUUUAAGCAAUGGCAAAUUUUGCAUCUAACUAGAUGAUUUAAAUUAACAACAGGUCACUCUUUGACUUUUUCUCCAUUGUCAUGUUACAAUGAUGAUGCAACUUGACAUUUCAGGCACUGAAACGGCUUUGUUGAUGAAAUAAAACAAAUAAACUGACAGCAAUUUGAGAUGGAAAGAGCCAAAGCUGCGCAAAUCUGUAAAAUGGAAGGUAAAUAAUUUGCAGUUUUCAAAAGGUUGUACAUGUAAGAAUCUGAAGUGUGUGGUUUGUUUUUGUUUUCAGUCCUCUGAGUCGAUACAAACCUUCAGACAGCUGCAAGUCCUUUUGCACAUCUGGUCAUUUUUGAUAAUUCUUAAUAGCCCAAUCUCUAUCGGCUUGAGAACAUGUGAACAUAAUUGUCCGCUCUCUUAAUUGGAUUUACAUCUGGGCUUUGACUAGGCCAUUCUAAAACGUGCACAUACUUUUGUCAACACCAUUCCGUUGUAGCUCUGUCUGUGCGUCGUAAUGCCAGAAGUUAAACCUUGACCCCAGUUUUAAUUCCUGUGCAGCUACAGAACAGUUUUCUUGCACAGAAUAACGCUGCCGCCACCUCUGUGACGGCGCGUAAUGUGCAUUGAUAGUCUUCUUUGUAAGCAGCCGAAAAGCAAAUGUUGUCUUCAUCCAAUUAGAGCAUCUUCUUCCUCAAGUUUGCUGUUUCUCGUACUUCCCUUGUGACAAACCGAUUUCUUUCAGCAAUCUCUUCCAUAAGAACCAGAGCUCUGAAGUGUGUAACUACUGAUUAUCUCGUCAACAGGUUCUCCUAUCUGAGCUGGCUGCUCCUCUGAUUGACUGACUGACUGACUGGGUUCAUUUGCAGCUGUGCCGCUCUUUCAUUACUUUCUCAUCAGAACUCAGUGAAAAGUUCAACCUAACAUUUCCAUUUCUCACACUGAGAGUACAUUUCCUUCCACUUCACAAUCACGCACAGCUUUGUUUUGGUACAUUAUUACGUAAACAUUUUGAUGGAUGUUGAAUUUUUAGGUCUGAAUGAGACAAAAUGUGAAAAAGUUUUGCCAUGCGCUGUAAAUGUUGAGUUUUCCAGUAAUGUGACGUUUUUCGCGGCUUGUUUAAGUUUCCCGUCAUUCCUCAACCCCCCACAAAUCUGUGUAAUUAGAAACAAAAAUAAAAAGAUUGGUCAGAUAAUCUCACCGGCCUAGGAAGGCACGCGCACACACGUUUGUGAAUUUUUGAACGUUCCCCAAAACUAAAAUCUGCCUCAGUUUGAUUCUUUUCAGGGACUUUGUUGACAGUGAGAAACUCCUGCACAUCACCAGACUCGCCCUCCAAAGAGCCUCUUAGCAGCUGAAUGUACUAGAUAAUCCCUCUCCUAACUGAGACAUACUUGUACUAGCAGCCUCUGUUUUUCAGCCAGUCCAGCGGUUCCUGCGGACAUCGACGCGAGCAGAACGCGCUGACGUGUUUCGUACUGCACUGUACAGGAGCAGCUUUUCGUCUAGACAGUCGAGGACAGACUCGAUGUAGCACAGCCAUGGUCUCUAAGUGCUUUAAAUUACACUGUUCAGUGUUUGUGCCAAGUUUAUAUGAAUAUGUGACUUUUGUUUUUUUUCAACCACUGUUAUACUUUUACGACAGCUGCUUCGACAGGAGAAAAUACGUUUAAUUAGAUGCGUUUUUUUUUAGAGUCUUUUCCCUCCUGUGAGUCACUUGCUGUUCUCUGAUGGAGUGAUUAUUAGACUAUGUGCAAUAAAAGAUGUUCAUUGUAAAGCUGUCAUCGAUGGGUUCGAGUGUUUGAAUCAGUGAGUUUCACACUUAUCGGAAAAGUCUUAAAAUCCUCUUUAGAGUACAAAUAGAGUCUAAUAUUUGCUAUGGUGACCCCAAGAGUCCCCCUGUUUUUACUCCUCUCACCAUCCUGACGUUUGGUUCUCAGACAAACUUGUUUUGCAGUUUCAAACAUCUGAAUUGUUGCUUGUUUCUUCUCAUCA